UAUGAUAAAGGGUUAAAUGAAAGUUUUACAUUGUAUGAUAAAGGGUUAAAUGAAAGUUUUACAUUGUAUGAUAAAGGAUUAAAUGAAAGUUUUACAUUGUAUGAUAAAGGGUUAAAUGAAAGUUUUACAUUGUAUGAUAAAGGGUUAAAUGAAAGUUUUACAUUGUAUGAUAAAGGAUUAAAUGAAAGUUUUACAUUGUAUGAUAAAGGGUUAAAUGAAAGUUUUACAUUGUAUGAUAAAGGAUUAAAUGAAAGUUUUACAUUGUAUGAUAAAGGAUUAAAUGAAAGUUUUACAUUGUAUGAUAAAGGGUUAAAUGAAAGUUUUACAUUGUAUGAUGAAGGAUUAAAUGAUAGUUUUACAUUGUAUGAUAAAGGAUUAAAUGAUAGUUUUACAUUGUAUGAUAAAGGAUUAAAUUAA